GGCUCGGGCGCGCUCAGUUUAAAGCCUCAGUGGGAGCGAUUCGGAGCCGGUUCCCAUGGUGACGAGUUCGGGAUAGUCCACCGGACCCGGGCAGGAGGAGUGGACUCUACCACCAGGGCUGAGGAGGUGUGGUCUGCUCAGAGGAGGUGUGGUCUGCUCAGAGGGGUGUGGCCUGCUGAGAUGGGCAUCCAGGGGUUACUGCAGUUCCUGAAGGACUCCACAGAAGCAGUGAACGUGAAGAAGUACAAGGGGCAGACGGUGGCGGUGGACACGUACUGCUGGCUGCAUAAAGGGGCCUUCUCCUGCGCCGACAAACUAGCCAAGGGGGAACCCACCGACCAAUACGUGGCCUAUUGUAUGAAGCUCGUUCACAUGCUGAAGUCGCACGGGGUCCGGCCCAUACUGGUGUUUGAUGGCUGCACGUUACCAUCCAAGAAAGACGUAGAGAGGACCAGACGAGAGAAGCGGCAGCUGAAUCUACAGAAGGGGAAGCAGCUCCUGAGGGAAGGGAAGUUGUCCGAGGCCAGGGACUGUUUUUCUCGCGCCGUUAAUAUCACCUCAGAGAUGGCCCACAAUGUUAUUACGGCCGCGCGCUCUGAAGGUGUUGACUGUAUCGUUGCUCCCUACGAGGCUGAUGCCCAAUUGGCCUAUCUAAAUAAAAAUGGAUUUGCCCAGGCGGUCAUUACUGAAGACUCCGACCUUCUCACUUUUGGUUGUAAAACGGUGAUUUUGAAAAUGGACAAAUUUGGAAACGGUUUAGAGAUUGACCAGGACAGAUUUGGGAUGUGCAGACAUCUGGGAGAUGUUUUCACAGAGGAGAAGUUUCGUUACAUGUGCAUCCUGUCAGGCUGUGACUAUUUGCCCUCGAUAUACGGCAUUGGUUUAGUCAAAGCAAGUAAACUACUGAAGAUCGCCAACAAUCCGGACAUCAUCCAGGUUAUAAAGAAGAUGGGCCAGUACCUGAAGACUAGUAUAACAGUCCCUGAUGACUACGUCCAGGGCUUCAUACAGGCCAACAACACCUUCCUCUACCAGCUGGUCUUUGAUCCUGUGAAGAGGAAACUGGUUCCACUCAAUCCUUACGAGGACGGGAUCUGCCCCAAAGAACUGAGUUAUGCCGGACC